CACCAUUUCCCACAGUGCUAUACCGUGUAGUAGUCGGGAAAUUGCUUGAGUUGUCGGUAUAGCUAGUUGAAACGGUUGAUUAAUUCCGUUUUCAAAAUUAGCUAUUAAAAAUAAAAAAUAAAAGUGAAUUUUAAAAUAUCUCUAGCCCGAAAUGUCUGCAAGGCGAAUGUCAGAUAUGGGGGAUGUCAGCGUCAAGGCAGAUCGCUAACCAGUGCUAGCCAGCAAUCGGGACUAAGUGUAGAAGUUGACGUUAUAUAGCUGUAUCCCGGUCUAAUUACUUGCCAUUCCGUAAUUUAUUCCGCUUCAACUUUGUUUGAAGUUAUUUUAUGUUUUAUAUAAGUAUUUCGCUCAGGAAUUUUCGCUGGCCUGCGACCGUAGAACGGCCAUGGGAAAGUGGCAUCCGUUUGAAAACAUACGAACUAACCUGAUGAAUAAUCCACCACUUGUCGUAUUUUUCCUGUGUAUGGUGUUAAUGGCCGCAGCUUUCAUAGGCUUCGGAGCCUAUACUAAUAAACACGACGUUAGGGACCCAGACGUGACUCAGGACUGGAACCAGAUUUUAAGCUCUUUAGCAGCCUUGAAGUUAUGUGCACUGGAUACUGACACAGAGGGCAAGGCUGCUUCUGCAGAUGCACAGCAUAUAAGCAAAUCUCUGUUGCUGGGGCAUGAGGCUGCAGGUGAAGUCUCAGCUAAUUACAGCCAUUGGUCCCUGCUAGUACCCCUGGUCUUGAGUGGAAGCACUCCUAACCAACAUCCUGCCAGCUUUAAAAUGACACUCAGGGGAAAUUUGCUGGGCUUGAAAGGUCCAGCAGGGAAAACAGUACUCAACCUGACAAUACAUUUCCUCACUGAGCGGGAGCUGAAUGCCAGUCAUGCAGGUGAUGGAAGUAGCUCAGGAUCCACCUGUUUGAGCUUCAUGGCACCUGCACAUGUCGUGCCUCAUACCAGGAUGCCUCCAUUGUGCCCAGCAAGUGAAGAACCGUAUGCAGAUCAUUCUGUUGUAACAGCCAUGACUUCAGACCAGUAUAAACAAGGUGCCCAAUCAGCUAAGCCUUGUUACCGCAUGGAGUUUAACCCAGACCCCAAACUUAUCAUGCUUUCCCAGGGAGACAGAGACCUGGCUGUUCAUCAUUUAAUGAUGGUCGCUGGAUGCUUGCUAAGUUUAUGUGCUGUGCUUUGUUUUGCUGGGAGUUUCUCAUUUUCUGUGUCUCGGAAAUACCAUAGCACUGGGCAGGAUCUACAAAAGGAAUCAUUACUCAACUCCUGAAUGUUAUCAAGUCAUCUAGUUUUUCUAGUUUUACCCCAUCAACCAACAUAAGUAACCAAGUCAGAUUGAAAAGGAUGGGCGAAUAACUGGAAUUGAACUUGUGUUGUAUCCACUGAUUAAAUGAUUUACCUGAACUGCUGGGCAACAAAAUGAUGAAUGAGUCUACGUCUAGAACAUGGCCAUCUAGACAAUAGCAUAAUGUUAAACGUGGAAGACCUUUUAGGGAUCAAGUCUUUGGUUGGUCUGGACUGACUGUUAUACGAAGAGAAACUUUUUUUUUUGGGCAACACCUUUCACAAAAUAUGUUUUGUGAUGUUUAUUUCCUCUAAGAGUUUUAUUCCAUUUCUAUAUGAAGUGUGUACAUAUUUUAUUAAACAGAGCAGAUCUUACAGUUUA